AUGUGUGGUAGUCCACAACUAGUGGCGUUGUCCCAAUUUCUUCUAACUUGUCUUGUUUCGGCUACCCCACAUAUACUUCGAGUCCGUGAGGGAACCCCAGCUGGCACCAUACUAAUUCCGGAUUUGAUUGCAUUCCUGACCGAUGGAAGCGGUACAACUCCCCAGUCAACAGCCACCGGAUAUGACAGUAUGUCCAAAACCGAGGGCUUGUUGCUUGCCAUCGGGAAUGCUGAAAUGCCCAGCGCCAGCUGGUUGACCAUCAACCCGAUUCGAGGAAGCCUGCUUGUAAAAACCCCACCCGAUAGGGAUGCCCUCUGUCCAACCGAGUUCAAAUUUCCGGAAACAGCAAUCGCCAUCGAUCGGGGUGGGAUUGAAUUUCAAGACUAUAUUCAGUCAUCCACUGAGCUUUCGCGGACUGGAAUCGACCCGGGAGAUUGCGUAUUGGAAGUUUCCGUGGUCCAUGGAUCUCCAACAAACCCAUCGUUUGGUAUGUUAAACGUGAUUCUUCAAGAUGUGAAUGAUCAUGCUCCAUCGUUCAACGUAAAUGGGCUGAGUGAUUCGGAUAACGCAGAAUAUGUAAUAAAGGUACCGGAAGCAAGUCGAAUCUUACCACAACAUCCCAUUGAUUCUAUCCAGCAGGAACUCCCUUUGAUUUCACAAUUACGGAUUCCAUUACCUCUAGCCAAGGAUCCGGACUAUGGCAUGAACGGCAUCCGUGGUUACAGAUUGGAGGGUCAAGAUGCUUAUCUGUUUCGAUUAGAGGUAGGUUCCGCCAUGAGCGAGCAACCUGGACCCAGUUCAGAAAUGCACUAUACAAGGCCCUCAGUUUAUUCUCAGCCAAAGUCUAGUCAACUUUGGCUCAUCCCGGUCGAUGCUAGGACAGGCCGAAAGUCGACAAGCAAUAGUCCCGUCUUUCUGGAUCGUGAAGAACGAGAGGUAUAUCAUUUUGUUUUAGUUGCCUUUGACGGGGGAUCACCACAACGUACCGGUCGAUUACCCAUUCGAUUGGUUGUGGAGGAUUUAAAUGAUAACGCUCCGAAAUUCAAUCAAGCCUGGUACUCAGGAAAGCUAUCGGAAGGUGAUCUGCCAGGCCAUGUAAUCUUGGAGUUCUCAGCUUUUGACGCGGAUGGUCCCGGUGGUAACAGCAGGAUUGGAUUUCGAAUUCCUGGCGAACCGGACUCAGGGAAUGGUUUAUCCACUGGAUCUAUUAGAAAAACAGGAGACUCUUCUACUGCCGGAUUAUCAGAGGCACAGGUGGCGGCAGCGAAUUACUUCGCUGUUGAACAAGUGAUCUUAGAUUCAUCUAGUGUAGGUAACACAAUGCACUCGCUCAAACGGCCUAAUACCACCUACGGUAGACUUAUUAUACGUCGACAGUCAAAAGAUAAGAUUCAAAAAGCUGCAUCACGUGCUUUGGAGAUCGCGCGGAAACACAUGCUGUCAGGAUCCGCCAAACGAAUAACUCAGGGUACUUAUCCCUCCAACGUCCCAUCGAAUAACGAUGACGGUGCCCGACUGGAAUUUGUGAUCGAGGCGUUUGACCAUGGUCAACCGGUAGCUUUGAGUUCCCGUGUACCCGUUACCGUGCAGAUCACUGACGUUAAUGAUCACGCACCAAAAAUUUUUGUCUCCUACCUCAGAGAAGCCGAACAUUUGGGACGUUCGUCUCACAUUGCUCCCGGAGGUUCUUCAGCCUGGGGUAAAGUUCGUGAAAAUCUUGGGCGUGCCAUGUUAGCUCAGGUCACAGUGACUGAUGAAGACACGUUGUAUGCAGAUGCAGAUAUAGUAUGUAAUACAAAUGACAGUCGCUUUACUUUGGAGGACAUUUCCACUUUGGGACAUUUUGGGGAUCUUUCGAGUUCUUGGACUAGACGUAACCUACCGAUGUCUGAUGAACCACAGAAAGGGAACACUAUAACUACUACAGCAAACGAACCUUCCAACAGCUCCAACAAGCGUACCAAGAGGGCUGUGCUGCCCACAAGAAUGUUCAAGCUAAUGUUGAAUGCUCCUUUAGAUCGCGAAUUCGGUUCUACACACCAAAUGCCGGCUGUUCAAUUCGCUCUGACAUGCACAGACAACGCACGAGGUCAAUUACCUGGAGGGCAAUUGACGACAGCCGUGCCCAUCCGUAUCGUUAUUGAGGACGCAAACGAUAAUGCACCAGUAUUCGAACAAACCCACUACACAUUCCAUGUUCCGGAAAACCAUCCUGCUAUGAAACCAACGGAAUUGGGAGUUAUACGAGAACGUUAUUACGUGGGUCGUGUUCAUGCAACCGACGCAGAUGAGGGUUGGAACGCAGCCAUAGAGUACCGACUUGUAUCAAAUCCAAGCUCAUCCCUCGAACUGGAACGCUUGACCGGACAGCUGUACUUAACCCGACCAUUUGAUCGUGAGUUAACAAGUGAGGUCGUAUUUCAGGUGUUGGCAAUAGAUUGUGUUCCUGAAGAGGAAUCGAAAUUCCCCACCGCAGGUGUGACAGAUGCAAGAAUGACCGGAACUGCAGAGGUGAGGCUCAUCAUUGAAGAUUUGAACGACUCUCCUCCGGUGUUUCAAGAAAUGAACUAUCAUUUUGAAGUGGAGGAAGGUGUAGACCUGAUAAAAGUAGGCCAGGUUUGGGCAACUGAUGCUGAUCAAGAUGAAUUUGCCCGCAUUUCCUAUCGGUUGGCGGUGGGUCCUGGGUCACGAUUUCAAGAUCACAUUAAUUCAGAUCAGGCAGCUUCAAGACCCAUUCCGAAUCAGCUGUACGACGAGGCUUUAGAAAUCAGUACACAUUUCCAGAUUGAUCCUACCACCGGUAUCAUACACCUGAAAGGACGAUUAGAUAGGGAACGCAGAGCACAUUAUGAGUUUGUCGUAUUGGCCGUAGACAAUCCUAGAGCAUUAGCUCCAAAAUUGGAAGGACCGCUAGGCAUAAAACAAGGCGAACCGGUGCAGUUCACAGGUACAGCUACUGUUCUCAUUACUGUGUUGGAUCGAAAUGACAAUGCCCCGCGUAUCCUGAGUCCACGUAACCAUGCACAGUUUUCAUUGGGACCGGAUCAGCUAAUAGCCGGUAAUACUGUUUUCACAAUUCGCGCCACGGACCCCGAUCUUGGUGAAAACGGAACAAUCGAAUACAGUCUGCUAAGCGUGGAAGAUGACCUAGGUUCAUGGAGUGGAACUGCUUCCGCUGUGGAUGGGACAGGCGAUUUGCUAAACAGUACGUUAACACAACGCAAGCGGACUACUUUGUCUAACAGUACCAAAACAACCACCGAGUUCCCAUUUGCAAUAGAUCAAACUGCUGGAAUUUGCUAUCUGCGAGAAAAUUUACCUCCACUGAAUGCUGAUGGACCCCGAGCGUAUUUGUUACGCAUGCGUGCUUAUGAUCUCGGCAGACCACAAAGCCUAAACACCUCUUUGACGGUACGUGUUGUGCGACAAGUCCUUGGUUCGGCCGAGCCCGGCCUCAUCCCGGAUGGAACAACUGAACUAGAGAGUGGAUUUGUUGAACAUCCGGCAUUUCGUGGACCGUCUUCAAUAUCCGACUCCAACCCAAGCUCAGGGAAUCUCGGGACGUGGACUGCGGGAGCGGGUCAGGGAAGAAUAUCCGAUCGCACGAUGGUUGUCAUUUUGUCCACCGUCUUUGUUUUGCUGCUGUUGACCACAAUUGUUCUUCUGCUUCUGGUUCGGUACCGACGCUUAUUCUUGAGAAAUAUCUCAUUCAGCAGCACACAUUCCGGUGACAGUUCUCUCGGGAAGGCUAACACGGGUAAGUCACUUGUUGUGAUGUUUAUAGUUCUGUACGAAUUCUACGAUUACAAGAAAUCAGUGACCUACGCGUUAAUUAAUGGUUAUUUUUGA